ACAUUCUCAUAUUGUGCUAUUUGAAUUGGUCAUUGACAGAUGCUGCCAGACCUGAAAAGUUUGAUGGCAAUGAAUCUUUCCAAACUGCAAAGCGACCUGAUGAAUUCCAAGGCAGAGAUUGAAAGAUUGAAGAAUUGUACAUCUGAAACUUAUAACUCGCCAUCACUCCCUCAAAACAGCAAGUUCACUGGGAUGACACUGUCACAAGUCUCUCUCACACCUGUAAAUGCUGGAUUAGGUGAAGCACAAAGAAGAUCUCCUAGUGUAGCUACAGAUACUCGGAACAUUGGUUCACAGACAGUAGAAUCAGCUCUAGUACCAUGUGAUGCCUGUGCCCGUACACAAGCAACCCUUAAAAUGGUCAGCAAUUCUAUUAUCGCCAUUUGUCAAAGCCAGAAUAUCCCUUCAGCUCUGAGCCGGUUUCAGGAAGUAGUGAAGGAAACCUUGGGUGAUGGAAUGAUGACAGCAACUGAUGUAGCCUAUUGGGCUUCUGAACAGAGCAAAGACCUGGCCCGAAUAAAUAAACAUCUCACUGAACUCCUGAACAGCAUUAAUCCACUAAAAACCGAGCUGCAGACUGCAGCCGAGCAGCAAAGCCAAAUGAAAAAGACAAUUGAUAAUUUUAACAAAGAACUCGAAAAGGAAAAAGAACAACAAAAUUUGAAAAUAAAAGAAUUUGACAAACAAAUGAAGGAGAUAAAUAGAGAUAAUUCUGAGAGAGUAAGAAAACUUGAAGAUGACAAAGAGAUGCUUAGGAAAGGAAGUACAACAUUAGAGGAGAAACUAUCAGUCCUGAAGGAGGAAGUCAAAGGGCAGCAUGUACUAAUACGAGAUCUUGAGCAGUCUAAGAAGAUGCUGCUGGAAGAAAUGAGAACCAAGAUGACAGACAAAACUGUGGUGCUGACUCUUGAAGAGCAAGUUAAAACUUUAACUAGUCAACUGGACAGCACAACACAGCAGCUCAAAAUUAUUAGUAGUGAACUAGACAAAGAAAAAGUGAAAAUUAACAGCAUGCUGAGACAUGAAGAGUCUCUGAAAGCUAAGAUUAAAGUUCUACUACAACGUGUCGAUCAUCUGGAUGAAGAACGUGAAGAACUGAAUACCAGAUUAGCUGAGACUGAGGCUAGGACAUGCAGUCUGAAAGAGCAAUUGAAGACAGUUAACAUGGAGAAAAAUAACCUGCAGCAGCAACUCCAAAAGCAACAGCAACUAAGAAAAGAGUUACAGCGAGAAAAACAUGGUCUGGAAAAUUCCAUGACUGAAAUAAAACAAAAUCUGUCCCAACUCGAGAGUCAAGUUCAAGAAUAUAAGGAACAGCGUAGGCUUCUGGUUGCUUUUCCUGACUUAAACAUGCCAUCUGAAACACUGUGUGAAAGUACAGGCGAUGUUGUACAGGACAUGGAAAAACAGUUACAAGCAAACAGCUUGCGCAUCAGUAUUCUGGAAGAGGAGAACUCUCGACUGAGAAGCACCCUCACAAAGUUGCAGGAAACUACCCAACAAGGAGCUUUAAAGAUCAUUCCUCAGACAAAACUUUGGUCAUCCUCAGGGCUGUCGGAAGAUGGAUCAAAAUCUGAUGGCAGUGUAGGAAGGAAUGGGCAUGAUACAGCAGGGAUGGUGAAAACUACAAGAAGCUUGAGCACAAAUAUGAGACCCAAGUCUAACCAGAGGCCAUGGAGUGAGCCGAAGGGGACAGCCCCCUGUACUGAGCAAAUAAAAGAACCUGUAACAAAUAGCUUUCACUCACGAGAAACAUCUGCCAUUGGUGUUUAUGCAAGAUUGAAAAGGGCUGGGGCCUUACCGGGUAUGAAAGCUAUUUCUGAUAGCACGAGGAAGAACUAUAGAAAACUGCAUUAA